AUGCGGCCCGUGAUUGUGAUGCUUCUCCACGAAGAACAAGACACCGGCGCAUAUAUGAUAAAGUAUCUCGUCACUAGAGGAAUGGAUUUUGUCAUGUUUCGUUGCUGGGAAGAACGGGUUGCUUCGCUUGUGCCCAAAGCUGCUGGUGAGACGAUUCGGUGCCUACCGGUGGCAAACAAGCCCCAUCAUUAUGUACCGUGUCUGGUUAAUUCCACAGCAGCUCCCAGCACUGAAUCUGAAUCAUUAGUAACAACCUCAACCUCUUUAGCACCCGUAUCUUCCAAUGUUGCGGAGGAUUGCCGCAUCCGUGCCGUGGCGAGCUUUGGUGGCUCGAUGAGUGUUAAUGAUGAAUUAUCCUACUUUGAAUCGAUUCGCUCCCUCAUGCGGUCGUGCUUGGAGAAGAGGAUUCCCGUCAUUGGGCAUUGCCUCGGAGGCCAGUUGCUUUCAAGUGCGCUGGGCGGCCGCAUUGUGCUUUCAGAAAAUAUUGAAGUUGGUUGGUAUGAAAUGGUGGUGGAGGAGGCGGAGGAUGUGAAGGAUUGGUUCGGUGGACGGAAACGCUUCGAUGCGUUUCAUAUUCACACGGAUUCCUUCACCAUCCCACAAGGUGCUCGCCGAAUUGUAACCGGGGCAUAUUGUGCCAAUCAAGCCUUUCAGGUUGGGGAUCAGUUUGCUCUGGGAAUGCAAUUUCAUCCUGAAGUGGAUGAGGAUAAGGUGAGAAGCCUCAUUUCUUCUCAAUUCCCCACAUUAUACACCGAAGAGGAACUUGCAGAUAUUCUCAGAAAAGGAGCGGAAGGUGCGAAAACGCCUGAUGGGAGGCCACUUGUGUCCCCAGGUUCCAUGACACGCGAGUGUAUUGAAAAGUGCCUUCGUGAGGGACGUAUCGAACAGAACCGUCCCAUUGCAGACAGUAUUUACGACACGUGGUGUUCUGGUUUCCUUUUUUAA